GAGAGAGAGAGAUGACAAGAAUCUCUCAGUUUUUGCUGGAUUUUUCCUCGUGAUAAUUUUGGACGUGUGUGUGGGAAUGAAAAAUUGUGCCUCUCGGUGGAUAAUUGCAAAAUAAUAGAUGGCUAAUUUAAUUAAGAAAAUAGUGGAAAUUGACUAGGCUAGAGGAGAUUGAAUGAGCGACCGGUUUUCACAAUGAACAAGAAGAAAAGAGAGAGAGCAAAAGGGGCUCACAACUUGACACAUCGCACUUGUUAAAACUUUGCGCAUGAAAAGUGGGGCUGUCGCCAGGAAAAUAUCCACUCACUCUCUCUCGGGAGAUUUUCCAUCAAGUCUCCCUUGCCAAGUUUUGUGCUGUGUUUACCAAACAACCCAACUUGUUGGGGGAUAAAAUGUACUCAAUGGUGAGGUUCCUGUGGCAGUGAAUAUUGUGGGAAUAAGUGCUGAAAAAUAAAGUGAUUUUGGGGCUAGGGAGACGCAUGAGAAAAUUUCCAGAGCUAGAAAUGAGAAUGAUAACCUCAAAGAGAAAAGAAAAGUGAGAUUAUUGAAGAUUUUUUCCCUGACACUUCUAUUGUUCCCUUCUCUGGGGAUCUUGGUGGGAGAGAGCUAAAGGCACAAGUCCUGGGAGAUUUGGGGAUUAGACAUCAGGAUGUCUUCGGAAACCCUGCCGAUUCUUCUCAUAACAGCCAAUGUUGGGAGUGUCUUUGAAGAUCCAGCAAAAUUGCUCAAAACAUGGGUCCAGGAGUUUAUGGACGUCAUCAAAAAGUUGGAGCCGGUUUUUCUGGCUGUUCACAUGCAAGAAGUCGGUGGGAAAACUUACGAGAAAUCUAUGGAGUAUGUGCAGGAAUUCAUUAAGAUUCUCUGUGAAGCCAGUGAGCUGGCGAAUUAUGAUCGAAUCCGGAUAUAUCUCGAUGAAGACUAUCAAUCUGCUGAGCACUUUACCGCUCUGGGAAAUCUCUAUUUUGCAAGAAACUCAAUAAAAUCCCUGAAAAUCUGGAACUUCCUGAUCCACGAGUGGGAGGAUGUUGUGGGCAAAAGCAUCCAUACGGGCAGCAUUGAGAGCAUUCCUACGAAAGAAAAAGCCAAAUUUCCUCAAAAUUUCUUCCCUGAGUGCAAAUGGUCACGUAAGGGAUUCCUCCGGACACGCUGGGACAUUGAGGGAAGUGUGAUGGAUUUUGUUAAUAUCCAUCUCUUUCACGAUGCCUCCAAUCUGGCAGCCUGUGAGGAAUUCCCAUCUGUGUACUGUAAGAGCCGAAGAAGAGCUCUUGUGCACACCCUGGAGCGCUUCGAAAAGGAUACAGCCAAUUCCCGGGCUCCCUACUUUGUCUUCGGUGACUUCAAUUUUCGCUGUGAUACCGAGGGGGUGGUGAAGAAGCUCACAGAAGCCCUUACGGCCCACAGAGUGGCCAAUAAGAGUGCAGAUAGUGUGAAAGUGCAAUAUCGUGAUUCUGAGGGGCAGAAUGUACUUACGGUGGGCAAAAAGGAAUUCACCCAUGCUGACCACCAGACACAAUUCAAAGGAGAAUGGCUGCGGAAGUUUGACCGAGAACUGGAUCCACUUCGAGAGAUUCUCUUUGAAUAUCCUAUUGCAUUCCCACCGUCCUACCCAUUCGAGGAGGAUCCAGAGAUGCCGCAGAACUACAUGAAUUCACGCUGUCCAGGAUGGUGUGAUAGGAUUCUCAUGAGUCCAGCGGCAAAGCAAUUGAUUGCUUCGGAAGAAAUUAAGUACUCAUUGAUUGGGGAGGAUUCCUGCAUGGGAGACCAUAAGCCAGUCUAUCUGCAAUUCGAACUGAAGCCAAAUCAAGGUACGAUUCGGUGUAGUUGCUCUCCGCAUGUGCUAAUGAAAAAUUCAUCAUCGUUGAGUUGCUUGUCAUGUAGUAGGCGUUUUGCACAGAUUCUUGUAGAGUGGCAAAAAUUAGAUAAUGUCCCCUACAGAGUGUUGCUGAAGAAGCAACCAGAGCCAAUUGCUCCACCACUCAAUAUCCAAAUUAAUGUUACGGAUACGGAGAAUAAUCUCAAUGUGUGCAUGUGUGCCUUCUACGAGGUGCCGGGUGUCGAUCCCAAUACGGCUGAACGUCAGGAGAAUAGCAUCUGUCCCCGAUGCAGGAAUAUCAUAAGUCAGCAGCCGAUGGAACAUCGGCGAGCCCUCAUUUCGCAGCGACUUACGCUGGCCAAUGAUGUUAUUGUCAAUCGGAUAGACACUCAGCUCCUCAAUACGUACAGUAGCACCUCGAUGGGAGCACGUCCAGAUCCCUAUACUCCGGAAAGUGCCGAAUCUCGAUCACCAGUCAUUGACCGUAGUGCCCCGGAGUAUGAGACGGAAGAGGUAGCGGUGAAGGCAAGGGGCAGGAGUGAGGGUGUAUUGAGUGAUCAGGGAAGUGUUGCGAGUGGUGGAGUCAAUCCAAAUCAGCUGAAAUCUCGUCUCGAGAGACUGCAGCAGAAGAGUCGCAAUGAUGAUAAUUGCGAUAAUUUCCUCCAAAGACAAAAUAGUUGCUGCUCUUGUAUUAUCACCUAAAACUCUUUGUGUCAUCACUGAUUUUUUUUUUAAAUUUUUAAAUGUUCCCAGUAGGACAUCUUGCAAGUCUUUUCGAUGGUUAUAUUAUGCUAAACGUUCCACACCAAAAAUUACAGCACUUGAUGGUUAAUGUUUUAAUUAUUUCUUUUAGUUUAUCUGUGCAUCAUUUGCAGAUAGAAAAGUUCAAAUUUCAGAGAGCACUAAACACGCUAUAUGUCGUAUUUUUUAAGUUUUACUCGAAUUUCAAUGAAAAAAACUAUUUUGAUAAUAUUUUUUUUAAUAAAUAAAUAUAAAUAAAAUACGAACAUUUAGCGUGAUUAAUUAGAGCUAUUCUGAUGAUUUAAUAGAGAAAUUAAAUUGCAUUUAAAAUGCAUGGCAUUUUUUCUAACGCAAAAUCAAUGUUUUUUAAGUCAUUUAAUUUAGUGAUGAAUAAAGUAAAAAUGUAUUUUUUUA